AUGCCUGACACUAACCAGAGUGCCCAUAAACCCCCUCCGCCUCCACCACCACCUGUCACCAAAACACCGCUUCCCCCAACGAUCCAACCCCCAAGAGUAUCCCCAGACAGUCCCGCCGGUGCCUACAUGGUAGAGCUAAUGGUAUUCAAUGGCCACCCGUUUAAAGACCACUGGGCCUACUGGGUGCGCUCACACCAUAACCCCAAGAUCGGGAUAAUGGUCCACGCCGACGGCAAUGUCCGCAGCGGCUUCAAGUUCGACAUCAGGCGCAACUAUGAUAUCCACGACACGGAUUCGGAUAUUCCGACGAAGCUGAUUCCGCUGCAGUGGGUUGAUCAGCAGUUCUUUGAUGACGAGAAGGCAAUGUUUAACAAUGGAUCUCUCAAAUCCGAUACUCUGCCUGUGUGUCCUUUGGAGGAGAGUGUGUGCAAGGUUGAUGUCCCCGAGAAGAGUUUGAAUGCCGUUGAGAAUAUGGUAAGAUGGCAUUUCUAUAUUUGCUAUUGA